UUUUUUAUUUUUAUUUUAUUAAUAAAAUAAUUCGGCCCACUCUAUGAAGCCGCUGAGAGGCAGACCGGCCAGAGCCCAGAGACGCCGUCGCCUGCGCCCUGUUUGCCGCCAUUUCGUCGCCUACGCCUGCGUCUUCCUCACCGCGUCUAGCCGUGCCGCCCCUGCCUGCUGUCCUGCUCCAGUGCUCUACGCUACCGGCUACUCCGAUUAGCAACCUAGACUCAGUCAACCGUCUAAGUCUCUCUCUGUGCCUCUCAUAUUCUCAAGAGUCAGACGUAGUUUUUAGAGUGCGAUUCUCACUUGAUUAAACAAAAUGUAUGGAAGGAAAGGGUGUGAAUUGGUGAGAGAACUUGCAGAUGGCGAACCUGGGCAGCUCGCAGCUUACAAUAGUGAUUUAUUUACUCAAGUAAUUGAGGAAUGUAACAGCCAUUUCCUUCUUCUUCAAUCCUUGUUGAGGUCAUCAUCCUUUGAUAAUUCAAAUAGCCAACAACAAUCUGAGGAUGCUGAUUACAAUGGCUUGCUGGUUCAUCACCGGUCUCUUAUCCGCAAUAAACGAUGUCUCAUGGCUUAUGUAUACAACCGUGCUGAAAUCAUUCGCAGUUUAGGUUGGACCCUUGAACGGGUACUCCCUGAAGAAAUUGAGGAGAAACUUAGCAGUUCAGAAAAGGAUUAUUUCAAAAAUCAUUCUGCUACUCUACAAUCGUGCAUGUCAGAACUUGAUCUGGACUUGGGUGUGGAUAUGGUGCCACCCAAAGACCCCUACAUCAAAGUGAGAGUUCUUGAUGACAUUGGAACUGUUUUGUUGAGCGAUCAGUUGGCUAAUUUGGCACUCCAUGCGAUUCUUUUUCUUAGAAGAACUGAUGCUGAGCAGUAUAUCUCCCAGGGGUUGAUGGAGGAGCUAACAAGUUGAGUGGAAUUUCUUAAGUAAAACACUAUUAUUAGUUUAUUCUACAUGCACCAUCUUUACACCUACUAUGUAUGUCUGGUUGAAGGAACUAACAGUGUAGUUUGUAGAGAUUCCUUCUGGUUCUAUGAGAGCAUGAGGUAAUUGCCAUAUCCCAAAUUCCCAAUGGUCUUUGCAAUUGAUGCUAAUGUAUUGGGGGUACAGGUGGACAUGGUUCUGGACUGAAAUAGAACUGGACUGAUAAUUUUUGCCCAAAAAAAAUGGGCGACUGGUCGAACCAGGUUGUGACUGGGCUGUCCAUCCAUAAUUUCCUUCACCACAGUUCAGGUUAAGGUGCCUACAUAUGGAGAACUGAAACCUCUUAGUACAGAAUUGGAACCAGACUCAGUGCACUUGGAAAGGGUUGCCCCAAUCAAGCUCAUUGUAAACAACAUUAAUGAAAUAAUGACAAACGAGUUCAUGUAUUUGUGGUGUUCUUGCUUUUUGUUAAUGACAUUAGUUCCCUUGUCUAUUUGCUGCUGCAUUUGACAUUC